AUGGCCAAGUUCAACGAGGUGCAAAAGAGGAAGAGAGCGCAGAAUGCAGAGAGGAAGAGAGCAGUUCACGGAGACCCAUCCACUGGGAAGCUGAAGAACAAGCCCCAGCCCCUCUCUAUCUCCGGCAAGCGCAAGCGCAAGCUCUUAAAAAAAUGGCGUAGAGAUCAGAGCGAGGCUGUGCAAAAGGGCCUAAUAACUAUGCAAGAUGUCGAAAUGGCUGCUGCUGAUGGUGGAGAAGAAUCUACAGACACCAAGAAAACUUGUUCAAAGUUUCCCAUGAAGAAGGGCCUCAAGCUUAAACAACUAAAGCGCAAAGGUAGGAACAAAGGAAAAUCUUCUUCAAAGCCUGCUGCUACUGCUGAAGCUUCACUGGAUGCAAAUGCAAUGCUAGAGUAG